GUAACCUGCCGGCAACCGCGCAUGUGCCGUGGUGAGGCAGGCCGCACCGUUUUCGAUUGCCAGAAUCAUGAAGCUGGUUCGAUUUUUGAUGAAGUUGAGCCAUGAGACAGUGACCAUUGAGCUGAAGAAUGGAACACAGGUGCAUGGAACUAUCACAGGGGUGGAUGUCAGUAUGAACACUCACUUGAAAGCGGUGAAGAUGACACUGAAGAACAGAGAACCUGUACAGCUUGAGACCCUUAGUAUUCGAGGAAACAACAUUCGUUACUUUGUGCUCCCAGACAGCUUACCAUUGGACACACUUUUAGUGGAUGUUGAGCCUAAAGUCAAGUCAAAAAAGAGAGAAGCAGUUGCUGGCCGAGGGCGAGGGAGAGGCCGAGGCCGGGGAAGAGGUCGUGGUAGAGGGAGAGGUGGACCCAGACGAUGAUGUUCUUUUCCAACUUGAGGCGGUUGCAGUUGAUGUUUGUAAAAGUUUUGUUUACUCAAGAAUUUUUGCAUUAUUUCUGUUUUUAAUAAAACCAGUUCACAUCAUAUUGUUUUCCACUGUUUUGUUGAAAUGAUGGUAUGAUUAAAAUAAGGCAAAAGAAAAAUGCAUCCCUUUUAUAUUUUUACAUGCUGAUUUGAUAUUGAUCUGUCUGUGAGUAAUAAAAUGAAUGUUAAAAUGAA